CCCUCUCUCAGUUUAUCCAAUAGGUUUUAUUGGCAUUAACAUGGCACAUUAACAUGUGUUGCCAAAGCACAAAUACAAUUACAAAUUAAAAAUGGAUUACAAAAAAUUACAAAUACAAAAAGAUAGUGAAUGAAACAAUUGAUCACAUGAAAGACCAUAUUAGUCAACGCAGUAGAAUAUGCAGGCUGAAUCAAUGUGUAAGCAAAAUGGGAAAAUAUCUAGUACAUACAGUAUAUAGAAAUACACAUAUACAUGCAUAUCUCAUGUCUCGCGUUUACCUAUAAACACAUGUUUUAUGUGUUUGUGUGUGGAAACAAACAAACAACAACAGAAAAAAGGAGUAGAGGAGUAAAUUAAAAAAAAAAGCAGACUUCAGAAUUUCUGUGUUGUUGUAGUUGUUGGUGGUGGUGUGUGUGUGUGUGUGUGUGUGUGUGUGUGUGUGUGUGUCAUAGGUGUACUACAACAAUGUAGUAAUACAAAAUCAUACACAUGACUUCUAAAGGGGGAAAAAACUGAAAUGUAGGACUGAAUAAAAAAGGCAGAGUGAGCUGUGAGGAGAUGAACUCCAGCUGUUAUAUGUUGUUGUGUUGGUUGUCUCUUAGGCUGUGACAUGCACUGACAUAUCUUGCUGCAUCUAUGGCGCUGACAGUUUUUCUCCAAGAUGUUGCAUUUGAGUCUGGUCAGAGAGUGAAUUAAAAUCUUGGAGUUUACAUGUAAUUUUUGCUAAGAACUUUGUUCCCAUGUCCUUAUAUGUUUUGCAUUGUAGCAGGAAAUGUUGCUCUGUCCCCACCUGUCUCUGAAGACAGAGCUGACACAGCCUGUCUUCUCCAGGCAGCCAGGUCUGCCUGUGUCUACCAGUCUCUUUAGCCAGGCUGUGAUCACUGAGUCUGUACAUAGUCAGUGUCUUUCCCAGUUUCUGAUCUGGCACAGUGGUUAGAUAGUUUGCUACUGUGUACUGUCUGUUUAGGCCCAUGCUCAAACAAAUGGUUAAAUUGUCAUUUUAUGGUAUAGAUGGUGAUUUUGAGACAAUAAAUUCACUUUUUUUUUAUGAAAAAAGAAUUAAUAUCCACUGUUGUUAAUACUAUAUACUCACUAUCAUUCCAUUAUGUGAUUAAAAAUAUUAGUAUUAUUUAUCACAAUAUGUUUUAAAGCACUGAAAUGGUGAAUAUCUAGACUAAAUACGUGGAAAUGAUACUAGGACCAGUAAUACUACCAGUUCCAUAGUAACAUACUGAUGUAUGUUGGUAUACUAACAUAUUACAAACAUCAUAACAAUGCAUAGUUUGAAGUUUAGAUUUUUUUUCUUUCUGUUUUACAAAUUCCAUAAAAUGACAUGUCAACCACUUGGUAAAGGCCUAUAUUCAUAAAACUAUGGGGACUGUUAAGGAGAAAAACAAACAAACAAGGUUACUGGCCCAAGGAAACAAACAUUAAAGGCUUAAGUACUGGAUGAAUGAAUAAGAAUAUAAUUUCGUAUGAUUGCAUAUCAUACAAAACGUAGCUGUUAAACCUGGUGGAAAUCAGCUUUUAAAAACAAGUCACGUACAAGUACUGAUGGUGGUUUUAGGGAUGCUCGCAGUUUGACAGUUUGAUUUCCUUAUUUCUGUCUCUCUAUCUGGCAACCCUGAACCUAGCUAGCCUCCGUGCCCACAAGCAUUUAAUGCUAACUGUUGUUGUAGUCUUACUGCUUGUACAAAGACAUUAAAUACAUUUUCAUACAUGUGCAGCGGUGAUGCUGGCAGUCGGGGAUGUGAGUUUAAGCUAACGUGGUGAUUUGAAGCCACCAUGAAUGAGGUAAUGCUGUCAUUGUUUUAUUAUCUGGUGACACGCACAUGUCUUCAUCUGCCAAACCUGAACAUCACCACUCUCCGAAAAUGACACCCAGAAAACGUCGGAAGAAAACACAGUGUGAGGAGCUCUUCAGCUGCACUGAAUGCAGCAAGAGUUUUUGGAGCGUAUACACCAGAGAUCGCCAUCUGAGAGAGAAACAUAACAAACCACCACUUCACAAGUGCUGCGACUGUGGACGGACAUUUAAAGUCAGCCGGAGCUUGAUGGUCCAUCAGCGGAUCUACCAUCCAGCACCUGCAGUGGCAGUGGAGCCUGAAGAAGAGCCAAGUGCUCCAAAGUCUUACAUGUGUUCAACAUGUGGAAGGCAGUUUCCUACAAGCGCUGCCCUUAAAAGACACCUUAUUAUCCACUCAGGGAAGAAACCGUACAAGUGCACUUUGUGUGGACGAGGUUUCACACAGAUUGGAAACCUCAAAACGCACCAGAAGGUUCAUAAAGGGAAAUUCACAAAUGUGGCGGCAUUAGAGGAAAGUUUCCCUCCACCUGAAAAGACUCAGUCAUCGGUGGAAAUCUGCCUCUGUCAUUUGUGUUGGACACAAUUUUCAGAAAAACAACUUUUAGAAGAACACUUAAAACAAUUUCACCAAUCAAAUAAACCGUUUUCCUGCACACAGUGCGGCAAAAGAUUUACACAUAUCCACAAAUUAAAAGAACAUGAAGCUGUUCAUGAGGGUCUGAAGCCUCACCAGUGCUCACUGUGUGAUAGAGGUUUCCUGAGCUCGAAGGGACUCGAGAACCACAUGCGAGAUCACACCGGAGAGAAACCUUUUCCGUGCACUGUGUGUGGAAAAAGGUUCAAGCAGGAAUCUACUCUGAGAGCACAUUAUGUGACGCACUCUGGAGAGAGGCCUCACCUCUGCUCCAUCUACGGGAAACGUUACGCGAGGACUGAAGAGCUCAAAGUUCACCUCAGAGUUCACACAGGAGAGAAGCCAUACCAGUGUGACGAAUGCGGAAAGAGUUUCUACUACAGGCAAGGCUUCAACAACCAUAAGAAGACUCACAGUGCCAAACCCAUCGGUCCAACCAGGCAGCUGGGCAGACCCAGACAGCAGGGAGGUACCAGGAAGUCAAGGAAGAUCUCAGUGAGAGCUCCGCCUGAUUCAGACGGAGAGGAUCUGACCUGGGAGCCUGCUGACCUUGGUAGGUGUGUUGAUUAGGCACACAUGACCAUGCACUUCACAACAUGAAAACUAAAGUCUGUGAUGAGUUUGCAAAGUUAUUUUAACAACAGAGAGACAAAAAUCAAAUUUCCCCUCGAGGCACUAAUAAAGGAAUUCUUUCUUCUUUAAAAUCAAGUUGGUCAAUGCGGGUUGAGCCUUUCAAACACAAAAUCUGUGCUGGUUCAACCCUGGUUGAGCCCUCAGUGUGAAAGGGGUAUGACAGAGAGACGUCACAUAUCUGCAAACAACUAGUUCAUUUUGCAGUUUUUAUUUUACAAUCAUGCAUUUACAGAUUUCUCUGACUCAUAAACCAUCUUACCAGUAUUCACAGAACAAAGAAAUAUAAGCCAAACUGACCUGUAAUAAGCCAAAACAUUUUUUUUUAACACUCAAAACAGAACAAAUACCAUUAGCAUCUGCUGUAUCAGUUACAUUGUCCAUUAACUUUUUAUGCCCUGUGAUGUAGAAAAAAACAUAUACUCUUAUUAACAUAUGUUUAAUACAAAUCUGAUCGGAGAAGCUUUUGGCACAGCAUGAGGCACAGACAAAGACAUACCAGAAACUUAAAGUAACACAUCAAUGACUCAGCCUUACUUAGUGUAUUUGACACGUCAUACAGAUGUGUCUAACAUUGGAGUCUUCGUAAUUACAAGGUCUUCGUCUUACAGUAUCUUAACCUUCAGACACCUUCAGAGCCUCCCUAUAUACCUGCAUGCAGACAAUGAGGGACUUUGGAGCCUUUCAAAAUACCUAACCACAACCAUGGAUGAAUCAUAUAUUUAUACAAAUAUUAUUAUUAUACAUGAUGCCAUUCAGGUACUUUCAGAUUUCAGACAACAAUGACAUAUACUAUAUUCUGUAGUUACAAUAGGCACGUAAUAGGCCUUACUCUUAAGCCCACUUCAGAACAAAGAUUUGCGAACACGACAAAGCUGUUUAAGAACGUUGCAGAGAAAGUUGCAGCGGUGUCAACUGGCCGUCUGAGCUCGACUCAAGCGGGCUGAUGGUGUCACCUGCUAAGCCGCUGGUCAAAUCGCCGGCGGCUGGUUUUGGAACAAGUUCGUCACUUGUUUCUACAGCCAGUCGGCUUGUAGUGAAGUCACAUGGCGUAUUCACCUGCUGCGGCAGGUGCUCUGUCUCCCUCGAGCCCUCUGAGCUUCACAACACAGUGAAAUAUACUGGAAUAUGUUUUCUAUUUUAUUUUUUGCAAAAUUACUCAAAAUCAGAAAUAUUUGGGGUCUUUGGGGUCAUUGAUUUCUUCAGGAAGUGAAAAUAUAAUGUGUAAUAAUUGUCUGUGGGUUUAACAGAGGUUUAAAUAGAUAUUCUCUGCAGAAGCUGUGUGUCAUGAUGCAGGAUUGAAGAUAUUAAUGCAUCAAAUUAAUGUGUUGCAUAUAUAAUGGGGUACAUAUA